GCCAAAAGAGUGCCUACCCAAAUGCGAAUAAACAAUUAGCAGUUUCGCAAGCAGAGUAACGCAUAAUAUAAUAGCAAAGAAAAGGAAGGUUCAUUUUAUUACCUUUAUUUUAUUACCCUCAUUUUAUUGCCUUCAUUUUAUUACGCGUAUACAAGUUAGCCAAACUUGUGACAUUUUAGAAGAAAUUUACAAUUUUGCAGUGCCAUUUUUGUUUCAUAUUUUAAAGGGUUUUACUGUAUUAUGCGUAUUCCCCUUCGUUCAUCUUUCCCCUAAGCGAAUUUUUUUUAUUUUAUCAGCUCGAGCAUAUCAUAUUGUCACGCACGUGUUUGUACUGUACAGUUUUAUGAGUUGAGUUCGAUUUAUUAAUAGGGAACGAUCACUUUCCUGCCUCCCUUUUUUUUUUAUGUCUCAUAUUAUGCGCUUCAGUUCGUGUUCACGUGCAUAUUUGUGUCAGGAAGAGUAAGCGCCCUUUGUGGGAAGAGCAGUGUAUACCAUUUCGUACGUAAUAUACCCAGGCCAGGAACCCAGCCCCGGUCGCCUAAGCCUUACGCGGUAGCGGACGCCUUCAGGGGGGUUUCUCUGAAGAGGCGCAGCGGUUGCGAAAGGUACAGUUACCACAGCUGUGAUAGCUACAGUUGCGAUAGUUGCUACCUCCGUGGUGACUUUUUUUAAGCAGCCCGCCCCCUUUCCCCCGUGCGCUGACGAGAAGAUGAAUCUGAACUCCAAGAACAUCGUGAACAUGUCGAUUUUCGCGUCGAUAAACGCGCUGUACAUUUUGCUGUACAUUUUCAACCAGACAUUUCUGCAAGUGAUAUGCACGCUAUGCAUUUUGCUCCUCCUGUUGAGUGGGCUACUUGUAUUUUUGCAAGUACAUAAGGUGUCAGAUUAUAAGGAGAGUGACAAGCUGGAAAUUGUCUCCAAGGAAAUCAUCGAGAGCUGUAUCAUGUACAUAUAUGAAUUGAUAAAUGACAAGUUAACUUUGGUAAGAAAAUAUUUACUAUGGAACAACCGCAUGGAAAAUGUGACUGUAAUUAUUGUGAUUUACUCUGUGGGCAAUUUCCUCUCCUUUGUAAAUUUCAGCGUCCUUUUUUACAUGGUCACUUGGGCCAUAUUUUUAUAUAACCAUAUUAACAAUGUGUACAUAACGAAGAUUUGCGAAUUGGCCCACCCCUACUACGUGGACUUGAGGGACCAGGCCAAGUACAUGUUCGACAACAUCCCCAAGUUGAAGCACAUAAAGAAAACCAUAUAGCUGGCCGCCCCUGGGUAGGGCUGCUACUUAUGCAUGGGAAUGUUUGUUUCGGGGGGAUACACGGAUGUGCGUGGGGAUGCAGAUGGGGAAGUGGACGGUCUAGAAGAACCUUUUCGCAGCUUGACGCUGAGGGAUGGAUGCUCUUUGCGAGCUUAUAGACAUGUGAAAUGGGUCCCACGCAAGUACCGCUAACAACUUCCAGCGUGAGUAGUGAAGAGGGAAAGAGAUCAUGCGGGGGGUUAUUUACAAAUAAGAAAAAAAAAAAAAAUCUUUAUUGUGUGCACAUAUAGCUCGGGGAGCCCACUUAAAAGAAGCACACAAUUUGCACACCCGUCACGAAAAUUACGGCCCCCAAAGGAAGAAAAAAAUAAGCAAGCAGACGAGCAGACGAGCAAAUAAAGAAAUACAUACACAUUGCGUACACAUGCGGAUCGCCUUUGUUUUACCCAUUUAUCUAUCGCGACAAUUUACACCCCAUGUGCUGCAUUCCAUGUUAAUUUUCUUCCCACCUUGUUUCCCAUUUUUUUUUUUUUUUGCAUCCUCACCCUCGCUUU